GUAUGCACUGGUGAGUAUAGUUCACUAGGAUGAGUGUAGUGCCUUCUCACAUUCAAAACUAAUACAAUGGAAAAGCUUGUAUUAGUCGUCCUCUGGGGUCUGUCCCUGUGCAAAGGUUUGGAUAUCUUAUCUGAGAAACAUGUCCCCAUAUCUUUGGAGGAAACAAUACUAGGCCGAAACCGUGGCUUUUGCAGCACAUGGGGAAAUGGCGCAUUCAGGACGUUUGAUGACAAGUUUUAUCAUUUUACAUCGACCUGCAACUACAUUCUGAGUCGCCACUGCGCAAGUGGUGCAGAGGAUUUCAACAUCCAGAUCCGUCGAGGGUCAGAUGGUAAACUGGAACACGUAUUCAUCAAGAUAGAAGGGGUCAAAAUUCUUUUGGUGAAUGGGACAAUUUCAGUUCAAGAUGCAGUGGUACGUCUACCAUAUCAUGACAAGGUAAUUGGCAUCUAUAAAGUUGGAAUUUACACACAACUUGCAAACAGAAAGCGCACUAUAUCUGUGAACUGGAAUAAUGAAGAUGCAUUAUGGACAACUAUCGAUGAUAAAUAUCAAGGACAAUUGUGUGGCCUUUGUGGGAACUUUGACAAAAACAGCAGCAGCAAUUAUGAUUCAAGUUUUUUAAAUGCAAACAAAUUGGAUGUUUUGGGCCACACGUGUCAUAGCAACCCCAGUUCAAGCCAAUCAUGUGAAGAGAGUUCUGACUGUCAUGCAAUUUCAUUCCUCUUCUUAUGGUGCUUUGACAUCAACGUGCUUGGGCAAUACUGGGAGCAUUGUCAGGCAGAUGUUUGCAGCUGUAAAGGACCAGGGUGUCAAUGCGCAACUUUUGCGGAAAUUGCACGGCAUUGUAAUAAAGCUAACAUUGCGAAUUGGGAAAACUGGAGGACACAGACGCAGUGUACAUUGCCCACCUGUCCAGGGAAUCAAAUAUACAAGGAGUGUGGCCCUUCCUAUCUUCCAACAUGUACUGAUCCUAAUCCCCAACAACAGUCCAAUGUGUGUGUGAAUACUUGUAUCUGUCCAGAAGGGAAAGUUCUGGAUAAUGUAAGAGGCACUAACAGGUGCAUUACAGAGAGUGUGUGUCCUUGUGAAUACAGUGGGCAGAUUUAUCAAGUUGGAGAGAUCAGAAACACUUCGUGCCAGUCAUGCAUUUGUGAAAGUGGAAAAUGGACAUGCUCUUACCGCCACUGUCCUGGGAGAUGUACCAUUGAAGAAGCAACAUAUUUUACAACAUUCGAUAACACCUUCUACAGUUUGGUUGGAGAUUGUUCGUACUAUGCAGUUUUAACAAAUGACUGGAAUAUCGAGGUAACGAUCCGUCAGUGUCAAGCAGCAUUUAAGCAGACAUGCUUGCAGCGUGUUACCCUAAUAAAGAAUCAGACCAACAUUGUCUUCAACAAUGAUGGCAAUAUAUACUUAGAUGGAAAUGAAGUUGCAAGUCCUCUGAGAACAGGAGAAAUAAUAAUAUUUUGGCAGUCCUCACAGUUCAUUCAAGUGGCAACAACAUUUGGCCUGAAAAUGCAAGUGCAGAUUGAUCCAGUUAUGCAGCUUUACAUCUCGUUGUCUGACGAUGCGAAAGGAAUCACCAAAGGUUUAUGUGGCACUUUCAAUGAUGAUGCCGAUGACGACUUCCUUUCUGCACAGGGCAUUGUGGAGAGUACACCCAUUACUUUUGCUAACUCCUGGGAGACUGAAGACAGUUGUCCUGAAGCAACAGUACCUUCUCCUUGCAUCAGUUCAGAAAAUGAAAUCUACGCCAAGCUGCACUGCUCCCAUUUAAAAGAUCCAGUAGGUGUAUUCUCUGUUUGCCAUUCGACAGUGGAUUACAUGAAAUACUAUCAAAUGUGUGUAGCUGCUACCUGUGCCUGUGAGAACAUCAAUGACUGCCUGUGUGCAGGAUUGGGAGCGUAUGUUCACGAGUGUGCAGUUCAUGGUCUCAUCAUCAGAUAUUGGAGAAAAGACAUCUGUGAUAAGCCAUGUCCCAACACUCAGGUGUUUGAGAAUGAUAUGAGGACCUGUAACCGUACCUGUCGAUCAUUAUCCCAUUACGAUUAUACCUGUGAUGUUAAAGAUACACCAGUUUAUGGCUGUGGCUGUCCUGAGGGGAAGUACAUGGAUAAUUCUGGAGAAUGUAUUGAUAAAGCAGACUGCUCCUGUUACAUGGGUGAAACAGUUAUCAAAAAAGGACAAAGCAUGACUCUGAAUGGUAGAAUCUGCACAUGUGAAAAUGGGAAACUUUCCUGUCCUCUCAUUCCUACCACCACCCAGCCAGGAUGUCUGAAUGGGAAGGUGUACAAUGAUUGCACCAAAAUCAUUGUCCCUGGAAAGAGCAAAGCAAAGACAUGCAGAAGUCGAAAUAUCCCGUCGUCAAAUAGUUUGUGUGUCCCUGGCUGUGCCUGUCCUGGUAAUCUUGUGGAAGAUGACUCUGGAAGAUGUAUUGAUCCUGAACAGUGUCCUUGUUUAUUUGGAGGAGAAAGUCACAAAGCUGGUACAACAAUCAAGAGGGACUGCAAUAAAUGCACUUGUCGAGCUGGAGUAUGGAAUUGUACCACCAAUUCUUGUCCAAAGACCUGCCACGUUCAUGGAGAUGGUCAAUAUCUAACCUUUGAUGGAAAGAGAUAUAUGUUUGAUGGCAACUGUGAAUAUAUUUUUGUUGAGGAUUAUUGCAAACAAGGAACUGGAACAUUCCAAAUAUUAACAGAAAAUGUUCCGUGUUGUGAAAAUGGUGUGACAUGUUCAAGAAAUAUCAAAAUCUUACUUGUGGGCAAAGAAUUCAUUCUAACAGAUGGUAGAGUAAUUCAGUCUGAGAAAUCUCGGGAGAUCAACUGCAUUGAUAGUUCCUACUCACUUCACACAGUUGGACUCUAUUUAAUCCUUAAAUUUUCCAAUGGGAUCACUGUGAUAUGGGACAAACGAACAAGAGUUUCAAUCACAUUGGAUCCAAGAUGGAAGAACAAAGUAUGUGGUCUAUGUGGGAAUUUCAAUGAUGAUGUUGCAGACGAUCUAACAACUAAGGGGAACUCUGUGGUGACUAAUGUUGUAAAGUUUGGAAGCAGCUGGAAAUCAUCGCUGUCUUGUUCGGAUGCAAUGAAUCAAACAUUCCCUUGUGACAGAAACCCCUACUGCUUAACAUGGGCCCAGAGAAAAUGCAGCAUUAUCAAGUAUGCUGUCUUUCAAAAAUGCCACAAAAAGGUUGAUCCUACACCAUUCUAUGACGCUUGUGUCCAGGAGGCUUGUGCCUGUGACUUGGAAGGGAAAUAUCUGGGUUUCUGUACCGCUGUCGCAGUGUAUGCAGAAGCUUGUAAUAAAGCUGGUGUUUGUGUUAACUGGAGAACCCCAGAUUUAUGCCCUGUAUAUUGUGACUAUUAUAACUCUCCUGGAGAAUGCAGCUGGCAUUAUCAACCUUGUGGUACCUUAACAACGAAAACCUGCUCAGACCAUCACAUUGGAAAGACGUUCUCUGCAAUACUUGAAGGUUGCUAUGCAAGAUGUCCAGAGAAUGCUCCUUAUCUGGAUGAAAACAAAAUGAAAUGUGUAAAUUUAGCUGAAUGCACUUGUUAUUACAAUGGGAUAAUACUGCAACCAGAUGAAACAACAAGCAAUGACUGUGAAGAAUGUGAAUGCAAGAAUGGAAAAGUCACAUGCCGAGCAUCAUCUAAAACAACAGUGAAGCCAACACUUCCAUUAACUACAACCAACAGAAUUGAAGAGACAACUACAAGAAUAAUAUGGGAAACAACUUCAACAGAAACAACACAGUUACCGGUGAUACCAUCUACAACCAAAUCUACCACCAGUUCCAUACUAGAAACAACACCACCAUCAGAGAGACCGACAACAAUGACAUCUACCACCAGCUACAUACCUGAAACAACAACACCAUCAGAGAGACUGACUACAACGAAAUCUACCACCAGCUACAUACCUGAGCCAGUCUGCCAUGGUGAAUGGUCUCCCUGGUUUAAUCAAAAUACACCAACAAUUUCCAAACCGAAAGAUGUGGAACUUUUGUUACCUAUAAAGGAUAAGUUAUGUUCUCGCCCUGAAUUUGUUGGAGACAUUCAGUGCCAAUCUGUUAGUUACCCUGAGAAGCCAUUAAGUGAAUCAGAAGAUGACGUGAUUUGUGAAAAUGAGUUCGGACUGGUGUGUACAUUCUCUAAAGGUUCUUCAAGGAAAUUUUGUGAUGACUACAAAAUUCGCGUUUGCUGCCAAACACAUAUGACAUCAGCACCAACAACAAUCAGUGGAAUGAUGAGGUCAGGUGAAACAUCCAUAUCUGCUAACUUGGGUAAACAGCAGCAAGAUCAAGCACUUCACAGAUCACCAUCAGUGGUGAGCAUUGUUUGUCUCCUUAUCAGAGUAUAA